AUGUAUAGUUGGGUGUCGAAUGAGCCCUUGGCAGUUAGAUUUCCAGCUUUGUUUGGGCUGGAAAAGUGCAAAACAGUAACUGUCUCAGACCGGCUUAGAGCUGAUGGAACUGGUUGGAAUUGGGAGUGGAAGCGAGCCGUAUUGGAUGGAGGUGAGAGCGCGGAGCUGCAACAGUUGGUUGCUCUGAUCGGGGUUGCAUCGCUAUCAAAUAGACAGGAUGAAUGGAGGUGGGAGCUGGAUGGGUCGGGCAUCUUUACCGUACAAAGUGUGAAGAAGAAACUGCAAGUACAACGCUUAAGUAUAGUUCCGUAUGUAGUCACAAGGAAUAGUUGGGUCCCUCGAAAAGUAGAAAUAAUGGCAUGGAGAGCAGAGUUAGAUAGGCUGCCAACUCGGUGUGCGUUGUUGAGAAGGAAUAUAAAUGUGGCUACGGAUUUAUGCCCGUUGUGUGGUGAUUUUCCUGAGACCGCUGAACACUUGUUCGUCAAUUGCGGCUUUGCUCAAGCGGUUUGGCAUGUGGUCUCCCAAUGGUGUAAGAUCCCGCCUAUCUACGCCUUUGGAAUUAGAGACAUUUUAGAGAUUCAUAAGUAUGUGACGGGUUCGGUGAAGGCUCGGAAGGCGAUAUAUGCGAUCUGUCUUACAUCACUCUGGUGCGUGUGGAAGUGCAGAAAUGAGGCUGUCUUUAACAACACUCUUUGGUCUCUACAGAAGGUUAUUGGAGAAAUUAAAACAUUGAGCUUGUUAUGGGUUAAGGCUAGAGCAAGACAGCAGCAUUUGGAUUGGGUUGUGUGGGGUGCAUUUAGCUUGUAUAAAAUUGGCUGGUAG